GUUGCUCUUCGUCCUGGGUGCUGCGGCGAUCGCGAUUGCCCUUGUGAAGCACGAACACUGCUCUGGCGACGGAGGAGGUGCGCAUGCGGGACAUGGGCACUAAACAGGUGUCAUGAUUCAUGGGUGGGGGUAAGUGAGGACUAAGUAGUACGUGUUGUGGUGCUUAUUUUGAAUAUCUAGCAGUAGCAGUACGUGUACGGUAUUAGUAUCGAAAUAUUUACUCUGGUGAGUAGUAUUGACAACUACCAAUGUUGAGGUGUGUUGUUCUUUUUGAUUUGACAUUUCCUAAAUUUUUGUAGAAGGGCAGGGUUGUGCUCCUCGUAAAACUAGAAGCAAGUGAUGAGGAGUUACUAGUGGUUCUAAAGCAGGACUACUGCCACGGAGUUACUGGUAUAAUGAUACAGCACUGGAACAAGUAGCUCCUAGUACUAUUACAGCCGAUCAUCGACAGAUGAUUGAAGCAUAAUUGAGUGGUCUACAUCAAACGAUACAUCUUUGAUGUGUGAGGAAUAUUACAAGCCUUGGUAGACACGCUUGAGUGGUUCGUAGAAGAUUGGAGUAACUAUCUUCCCAACUACAAGAACAUCGCCGCGUGCAUUUGUUUAUCGCAUGAUUUCGAUGUUUGCAGUUCUUUUACUUACUGGCAUUGCAAAUGCAAAAAUAGAUACGAUAGGGGCUAGGCUUAUGAGUGGUAUUCGUAUUUCAUACCGUAUUUAA